AUGUUGAUGCACGAGAAACUGAUUACUGGGCAAUUUUUUGACCUAAAAACUGAUCGCAAGCCUUUGCUGCACCACCAUCAUCACCACCACCAGCUGCAGCACAACCAAUUGCAGCAGCCUUUACUUCAUCAGCAGCAACAACAACACCACCAUCAUCAUCAUCUGCACCAACAGCAGCCACAGCCGCAAUCUCAUUUGGCGCUGCCAAAAAUGGAUUUGUACACAGCCUAUGCCUAUCAGCAACAGUUGCUGGGCAGUGCAGCCGCUGCCGCCGCUCUGAGCCAGCAGCAGCAGCAACAACAACAACACCCCGUGGCCGCUGAAGUCCUCGAUCUGUCGCGUCGUUGUGACUCCGUGGAGACACCGCCACGUAAGACGCCCUCACCCUAUCAGACGAACUACAGCUACGGCAGUGGCUCACCCACAGCCUCGCCCACCGCCAUACCCAGCAACUUGCUCUAUUCCGCCCAAGCUGCAGUUGCCGCUGUGGCCCAACAGCAGCAGCAGCAGCAACAACAACAGCAGCAGCAACAGCUAGCCUCGCUUUAUCCAGCGCUCUAUUAUGGCAACAUCAAGCAGGAGCCUUCGGUGGCCAACGGUACGCCCAAGGCAGCCACGGCUAGCCUAUUACAAACGUUCGCCGCCGCUUCGGCUGCAGCUGCAGCCGCUGCUGCCUCCUCAUCGCCUCGUCCAGCAUCCAAUGCCAGCACCAUGCAGAUCGAUGUACUCGAGGCGCCACAGUCGCCCCCAGCACAGAAUAGCGAUGUGUCAGCCACCGCCACCUCCUUGGUUGCCACCACGCCCACCAGCAGCACCACAAGCACAUUGCCCGAUGCGGUCAAGAGCACGCGGCCCUUCAAGGCCUUUCCACGUGAUCCGCUGGUAAUUGCCGCAAACUUUGCCGCCACUGAUGUGCUCCUCGAUAAUCCUCGCGUCGAACGCUACACUGAAUAUCGUAAACGAGUGCUGGAACAGAUUCGCAGCUCUAAUGGUGGAUCACGCACAGUGACCAAUCCAAAAAUGCGACGCACGAACUCACGCAGCGGCAGCGUCAAUGAGGGCUCCUCAUCCAACAACAACAGCGAGAGCGAGGAUCGUGCCGCGGCCGAGGAAAGCAGCGAUUGUGACUCGCAUGCGGGUAACUUUGAGAACAAUAACAACAACAGCAGCAGCAGCAGCAGCAACAACAACAGCUCGACAUUCAACUCAACCAGCGGCCAGGGACAGAUCAAGGAUGCGGCCUAUUAUGAACGACGCCGCAAGAAUAAUGCCGCGGCCAAGAAGUCCCGCGAUCGCCGCCGCAUCAAGGAGGACGAGAUCGCUAUACGUGCCGCAUAUCUGGAGCGUCAGAACAUUGAGCUGCUCUGCCAGAUCGAUGCCCUGAAGGCGCAACUGGCCGCCUUCACCGCCAAGGUGGCGGCUGUCUAG